AUGGGUAAGCCAGUUAAGGCAAAAACGAGUGUAAAAAAUGACGAGGGAGAAAAAUACUAUAUUGUGAAAGGAAAGAAAAAAGUGUUAAUUCCAGUGAAUGCUAAAAAAACAAUAGCUAAAAAAUAUUAUGGGAGGAAAUUAGCAUCAAAAAAAAAAUAUAUGGUUCAAAGAAAAAUAAGAAAAUCAAUCGAGGUAGGAAAGAUUGCAAUAAUAUUAACAGGAAAACACAUGGGUAAAAGAUGUAUAAUAACAAAAAUUUUAAAAUCAGGUUUACUAGCAGUUGUUGGCCCAUAUGAAGUCAAUGGAGUACCAUUAAAAAGAGUUGAUGCAAGAUAUAUAGUUGUUACGUCAACGGACAUUUUUAAAUUUAAAAAUAUUUCAGGGUUAAAAGAUGAAUUUGUCAAACUAACUGAAGAUAUUAAUGAUGAUUCAUUUUUGAAGUCUUUGGAUUUAAAAAAAAAACAAAAGAAAUUACUUAAAAAUAAAAAUGAAGCUCUUUUUAUGAAUGAUGUUAUUGCAAAAAUAAGACAAUUUCGAAAAGAAGACCCCAAAGUACAAAAAAUUGAAAAAAUACAAAAAAGUCUUGGAGCAUUAUUAAAACCAGAAAUUCUGAAAGAUAAAGUUUUUACCGCUUAUCUGCAGUCGAGGUUUACCUUGAGAAAUGAUAUGGCUUUGCAUAAAAUGAGAUUCUAA